CAGAAAAUAGAAAUAAUUUAUUCCUUUUAAAAUGACUACUGCUGCUAGGCCGACUUUUGAACCAGCCCGUGGAGGAACUGGAAAAGGAGAGAACGACCUUUCUGCCCUCUCCAAACAAUACUCCAGCCGUGACCUACCCUCUCACACUAAAUUGAAAUACAGGCAGUCAGGUCAGAGCACUGCUGAUGACUUACGUGGCAAGGACUAUCGACAAGAACUGGAGGAGAGGGAGAGAGCCGUGAGGGACAAAGGAGGAGCGAAAGAGAAGAGGAGUUUUACCGAGGCUCCUCCUGUUUCUGGGUCAUCUGGAAAGGCAGUGGAAAGUUCUGAAGCAAAGAGACCUCACCUUGCCCCGCCCCCUCAGAGUUUAGACCCUGACGAUGCAAUAAACGAUGAUGAUGAUGAUGAUGAAAGUGAUGAGGAUGAUACUGCUGAAUUAUUGAAAGAGUUGCAAAAGAUAAAGAAAGAGAGAGCAGAGGAACAAGCAAGAAAAGAGCGUGAGAGAAAAGAAGAGGAGGAAAGGAUCAGAACUGAAAAUCUUUUAAAAGGCAAUCCACUGCUGAAUCAGCAACAGUCAGGAUCUUUUCAGAUUAAGAGAAGGUGGGAUGAUGACGUCAUUUUUAAGAAUUGUGCAAAGUCAGAGUUUGACAAAAAAGAACAACAUUUCAUCAAUGAUACUAUACGCUCAGAAUUUCAUCGUAAAUUUAUGGACAAAUAUGUCAAAUGAACACACACACACACUAACAUUAUUCUUUCAUUUAUUACUAUCUGUCAAUAAAUAAUAAUAAUAAUAAUAAGCUGGGUGGCAGUUAUCUAUA